UAAAAAUGGAGUCCACCAGCAGCUUUAAUCUCCCAAGUGAAGAAUCUUCAACAGUAGGUGGCUUCAUGUUUAAAGAAUCACAGAUUGGACAAAGUACUCCGUCGGAUAAUAUCAAUAUAUUUGCUGAAAAUAUGGACGAUUUAGAGAAAGUGGGUAAACUUACUAGCAAGUAGAAUAUCUCAGCCGUUGUCUGCAAGUAAAAACCUUUCCUCUAAAAUUGACGAGUAUUCCUUCAAAACUCCAUUUUCGAAUCAGUUUUCUGAUGAAGAGAAAGGUAAAGGAAUUAUUUUCUCAUUUAAACAUUGUCAUAAAGGUCCUACAGACCAAGAUUAUACCGAGAAUAAUAAGAGUUUUGACUUAUUUAUUGACUCAGAGGAACACAAAAUGAGGGCUGCUGAAAGCGAAAUUGAAAAACCUUUGGAUCCCAAAAGGGAUCUUUGGAAAUAAAGAGUUCAUGGAGUCCAAGAAGGACAUCUGGACCAAUGCCAUUCUUCAGGAGAUGGACAUCGAUGGUAGCGAGAGAUCGAUAGCUUCAUACAACAUUCAUCUGAAGAAUAUCUCUGUGCCAAGAAACCAUUUAAAAUUAAACAUAAUUCUGAGGAUUAUUCUGUUGGUCUUUAUUAUUGGGAACGUGUUCUUCCUGCCUUGGAUCAGGAAUGAAGAGUGCAUGAAAGACCCACCUAAUGCUAUUGAGUACUGUAAUAUUAAUCCUGGGUGGCUAUUUUACAAGUAAAGGCCUAUAUUUCUACUUUCAACUCAUGAAUGGAGACUUUUGAAAUGACAAAAAUUUGAAGGCCCAGUUUUGUAGUGAUGCGCCUUUUACCUUCUUAGCAGGCCUCUUUACCCUUCUAAUCGCACUUUUAGUUGUGAUAUUUGAGGUAUUGGCCAUGCUGAGCAUACUUAAUCUGGUCAUGGACUACCGAGUCAAGUGGUUCCGAGCAUCACUUUUUCAGCGAUAUAGUUAUUUGUUCAUCUUAGCUACUAUUGUCGCCUGGUACUGAUCUCUUCGGCUUUGGAGAUACAUGAGGUUCCUGAGCUUUGGGUUUUAUGGCAUGAUCAUCAUCUUUUUCAGCUGAACUCUGCUGAAAUUUCACUACAGAUUCUACAAGCAGAAGCUCUACCGAAGGAGGCAGGUGAAUGACCUGUUGAUGGAUAAGUAAUUAAUUAAUAGU